GCUCCUUGUCGGUGGGUCAACAUGAACGCUCUGACUGUGAUUUCCGUGGCGGCCCUCGUGGCUAGCGGCAGCACCUCCUUGCUUGCGUACAACGGCGUAUAUGGAGGCCAUCACGGCCUUCUUGGUGCCUAUCCUUAUGCAGGUUAUUCUGGUCUGCACCCUUAUUCAUACGCAGGUGUACACCCUUACUCAUACGCAGGUGUCCUUCCUGCAGCUGCUCCUCUCACCCUCAAAACACCUGUGGUCAAUACCGUGGCUCCUGCUCCUGUCUCUUACAACGUAGCUCCCUUCGCACCUGUAGCACCUGUCCAGUCUCAGUACCACGCUCAGGACGAGAUUGGCCAGUACUCAUUCGGUUACGCCGGCGGUCCAUCUUCCCGCGCUGAGUCUCGCGACGCCUUCGGUGUUGUCCGUGGUUCGUACAACUACGUGGACUCUGAGGGAAAGAUUCAGACUCAGCACUACGUGGCUGACGCCCUUGGAUUCCGUGUGUCCGGCACCAAUCUUCCAGUGGCUCCCGACGCCCCUGUGGCUGCCCCUCUGGCCGCCCUUCCCGGUCCCCUUCCCGAACCCGUCCAGGACACUCCUGAGGUAGCUGCCGCCAAGGUCGCCCAUCAGCAAGCCUACGACGAAGCUGCAGCCGCUGCCGCUGCUGCCCCCGACACCCGUAAGAAGCGCUCCGUCCUUGCGGCUCCCGGCUUCGGCGUCUACUCUCCUCUCCGUUUCUCCUACGGUUUCUCCACUCCCCUCCAUUACGCCCACUCAGCAACCUAUGCUUCUCCUCUUCAUUACACUGCCGCCCAUCCCGCCCUCACCACCUACAACGCCGCCCACAUCCCCACCACAUACGCCGCCGCCGCCGGACCCGCUCUCCGUGACGCCGAGCUCCUCCGCGUGGUCCACAACCCCGGCCACGCCACCUCCUACCGCGUGCUCAACUGAGUGCCGGGAAUCCAGUCAUGUGAGCUGUGUAGAGCGUCGGCCUCGACCUUUUCUGCAUAUGAAGAGGUUUGGGCUGAACGUUGACACACCUCAUUAUCUGUACAAAGAGCGUCUAUAAAAAACUGCAUUUCUCAAAUAAACAAAUGAUAAAGGUC